AUGCUGUACUACCAUUUCGCCGGCGGCGGGUGCUCCGGUAUGUGGGGUGGUGCUUCAAUGCCGUUUUCAAUGCUUCGCUUCUGGCGCUCUUUGUUGAUUUCCAUGGGAAGAGCUACGCUGCUGCCGUGA